GUUUAGACGUGUGCUUUUCCGCUUUCAACCGCGCUCGCGGUAGCGUCGGCUGUCGGGAAAUGUUGCAAGGCGAACGAUUCAACUUGUGGAGAUAAUUUUUCUUGUGUGCUAUCGUAAUCAACACUGUUUUUUUUCGUUCAGUUUUAAUUUGUUAUUGAUUACGGCGCUGAUUGAGUACGGUGUCAUAACAUUCGUAAAUGAUUUCAAAAACUUUAUUGGACCUUUUAUCAUGUUCAACGUGCUACUAAACUUACGUUUUGAAUAAAGUUACGUUUUAUUGACUUAAAACUUUAUUAUGUCAACAUCUUCAUACGGUUUUAUGUGCUGGUUAUGAUAAGAGAGGAACUUUGACGAAAAAUCGCAAUAGUUUUCACGAGGGAUACCAAAGAGAAUGUGUGCCAAAAUGUUAUUAUAUAAUUUUUCCUUGUUUUCCGCGAUCAUAACCUGGAUUGGAGUGCUAGCUGAAGAGGAAGUGUCAUCACCAUUACGAGUAGCACAGUGUAGAGCUACAUGCUUACAAAAGUUCGCGGCACCACGACCUGGCGGGGAGUCAUCGUGUUUGCAGGGCCCCGACUGUUUUAUGUGCUGGGAAAAUUGUGAACUACUCCAAUCGAACUUCCAAGUUUGGGGUGCUGUUUGUGAUGAAAAAGAUAUUUGCUUCCCCGGCUGUAAGGUUGCUUGUGAAUUUCACACCGAAGUAGCGCGAGCAUCACAAACGCAACCAGUUAUCCACACCAAGGGUGAGGGCGUAAUGAGAGUUAGUGGAGCUUUAGCUCGCUGGCCACCACCUGCACCUCGAGCGGCUUCUCGUCCAGUUCCUCUCGUUUACGUAGUAAUGCGUCGAGCUGCAGAAGGCCCCUGGAGGCAAAUCAUUCAAACUCAAGCUUUAGCGACCAGAGUCCCAUCUAAUAAUGAAGGGGCUCUCCUUCGUGUACUUGUUGUAGAUCCACAAGGACUAGUAACAAUCUAUAGUCCAGACGAAACAUGGGUAGCUCAUGAUACGAACACCUCAAACCAUGAUGAACAUAAAUGGAUCUUAAAAGAAAUAUCACUUAUUCAUCAAAAAGUUCUUGUGAUUGGAGAAAUCGCCUGGGAACCUAGAAUAGCCCGAGGUGUUUAUCUUGUUACAUGGGAAGUUGACGGAGGAGGUCUAAAAGGAAAUUUGUUCACUGAUUCUACUCGAGUAACUUUAUCUUUAUGGCCAGACACAAUUUACCACAUUCAGGUAGAACUUGUGUCCCGAACACCGGGAGUUGAUAAUGAAAAAUCUGAAACCAUGACUAUCGACACGAGUCACGCUCAACGUGUUUCAACUGAAAGUGUACAAGACGUUGAAGUUAGUGAAGGAGAUCGGCUUAUGUCUGUAUUAGUUAGCUCAAUGCGCGGUGAACGUGUACCAGAACGAGCCCCAGAUUCAGAACUAGUGUUGGGAUGUCUUUCAGCUAUGAUUGCUUUUGGUUUAGCCGUACUUGCUGCAAUUGUAUGGAGGCGAAGACGACGAGGUACCUUUCCAGGAACCAACGUAUAUGUUGGAUCUUCUUCAGUUCUUAAACGAAAGUUAGUGGAAGAUUUCGUUCCCGCACCACAUUGCUUUCAACCAGUGAUUUCACCAGAAACCCCAACCAAUGGAGCCGCAUCACGGGAUGUGGUUGUGUGACGUCAUAGUUUUGACAUGCUGUCGUUUGAAGACCGCGUUUUCAGUUCCUAAAGUUGUCGGACAAAACUUUCGCAUAAAAUAAUUGAUUAUAGUGCAGUGGAAAAAUGGAUUUAAGAAUGUGAUACAAUUAUAUAAGUUGUGCCAGUGAAAGCAAAAAUGGCAAUAGAUUUCUUUAAGAACGAUUAUUUUUCGUUAAUUAUUAUUAACAUUACACUUGAUAAUCGGACGAACUUUAAAAGUCAUUGUACAUGCUAAAAUCAAAUUAUCUAUAUUAUGAUUUUUGGUACGUAGAUUUAGGCCAAUUGUAAAUUAAAAAUGUACUUUUAAGUGUAUUUAUGAAUCACAAGUAAGAUAAACACCAGAUAUGUUAGUAUUGUAAAUAUUACGAAAACAUGGUAAACCAUAAUUUUCUAAUUAUUAAUUGAUUUUAAUGUGCUGUAAAUAUAUGUGUCAUAAGGAGCAAUUUUCAUGAAUAAAAUUAGUGAUAAGGUGUUUUUAUCCAUUCUGAGAUAUAUCUGAAAAUGUAUUCCUAAAUUGUUUGCAGUCUUUUAAACUAUAUUUGUGAAAGUGCAAUAACGUAAAUGUUGCCGUUUAACCUUCAUUUGUACUGAAAACACAUCUCAUAGACUUAUAAAAUAAUAAAAAUAUUUUUACAGCUAGUCCUUAUCAGUUUAGUUAUAGUUCGUAGAUAUAUUAUAUUUUAAUCUAAUUGCGAAUAUUACUUCUCCUUAUUCUAGAAACUUUACGACUUCUUCAGCAAUAAUGAUACAUGUAUGUAUUUGUAAAUAUUUGAAGCAUUUAUUGUAAAAACUGACAGAGAAAUUAUAUUUUUCUUGGACGUAAACAGAUAUUUCUAAAUGUUAAUAAAUGAAAUUAUCCGUAUUUUAAUCGAAAAUUACGUGAUUUUUGUUCGAAAAGUAGAUAUUAAUAAGGUCAACAUUAAAUUCUCAUGUAAUAAUUGUUAAAUCAUGAUGUAGUCAGAUUUGUUUAAAGUUCAUGUUAGCUUAUACAGUGUACUUAAAACUUUAGUUUGUUGUAGGGCAUAACAUAAAAGCCAAACGUUUUUUUGAGCUGUUAACAAUUAAUAUAUUUUGGUUUAUUGAUGACCAAAAUUAUAUAGUAUAAGUUAGAUGCUUAGUUAAAUUUAUUUAUUUUUGUGAUUAAUUUCGUACCUUCAU